UUUCCAUAUCAAGAUCUGCUGAUAACGAUUUUGUACUUCACGGGCUAAGGGUACAAGACUUACAUAACUUAUAUGAUAAGCCGCUUCAAUCAUCGCUUUUUAAUAUUUACCGUGCCGAAAAUCUCAGUUUUAACAAAACACCGAAUCACCAUACGCUUGACGAAGUAACAUCAAAAGUUAUAUGCUUCUACACCAGAUCGUCUUAUAUAUUUGUGCCACUCAUAGCAGAUCAUGUCGCAGAACAAUCUCAAUUUCAUCGUCGACCCCAUUAAUGAUGACAUCGCAUCCUCACAAACAAUUUAUGUGAUGCAACCAAGUCCAAGCACAACAACAACUUCUUUGGAUAGUGCAACGUUGUCGGGAAUUCAAUCAGUAAUCAUCGACGCAUGUCAAAGGGCUGUUGAAAAGGUGGAGGAAAAAAAUAAGCUAAUAUUGUUGCGCCUAACAGAAAACGUUGAGGGAAUGCGCAAAGAAAUCAUUGAUCUUAAAAAAGCCGUAUCACAUAAUAACGCUACUAUUAUACCAAGCAAGCCGUAUGCUAAUAUUGAAGACUUCCUCAAUUUUGAGAAAACUAUUCUGGAAGAUAUAGAUAAAUUUUCCUUGCUGAAGGCAGAUCUAAAAAGAUGGUCAACAUCCAAUUCGAGAAAAUUUGUAACGAAAGCGUGGCAGAAGAUUAUGACUGACAACGUUGCCGAGAGCUUUUCCUGGCGAGGAACUGCAGAUAAGAAGUGCAUUAGGGCCUUCACUGUCGCCACUGUUAUUCAUCAAACUUUCGCUGAAAAUGGAGGAAAGGAAGAGGACUUUGUGUUUGCCUCUAAGUCAUAUUUCCAGUACGCAAAAAAUCGUAUUAAAAUUAAAACAACAAAAAAAGUAAACUAAAAUACUAAGUAGUAAUGAUUUUUUAAAUGAAAAAACCAAUGAAGUUCCUAUUUUUAUAUUUUAAUGUAAUA